AUGCCUCCCCUACGAACCAAAGUCUUCAUCAACGUCGACCUCGGCGAGGGCUACGGGAACUUCAAAUGCGGCCCAGACGAAGAACUAAUCCCCCUCAUCGACCAGGCCAACGUAGCCUGCGGAUUUCAUGCCGGUGACCCCCUCAUCAUGCAAGAGACCGUCUCCCUAUGCAAAAAGCACAACAUAACCAUCGGCGCCCACCCCGGCCUCCCCGACGUGCAAGGCUUCGGCCGCCGCGAAAUGAAGCUCACAGCAGAAGAGCACACAGCCAACAUAAUAUACCAAGUCGGGGCUUUGCAAGGCUUCCUAGCACGCGAAAAUAUCCCCCUCCACCACGUCAAGCCGCACGGCGUGCUCUACGGCAUGAUGUGUCGCGAUCUGGAAGUCGCACGGGCUGUAAUAAGGGGAAUACCUGCUGGCGUGCCAGUGGUGGGCCUAGGAGGAACAUACAUGGAGCAGGCGGCGAAGGAGCUCGGGGUGCCGUUUUGGGCGGAGCUGUUCGGGGAUGUCAAGUACGGGCCCGAUGGGAUGCUGGUUAUUGAUCGGAAGAAGAAGCCAUGGAAGAUUGAGGAUGUCAAGGCGCAUGUGAGGCAGCAGGUGGAGGACUCAUCGGCGACGGCUGUUGAUGGGUCGGUGGUGCAGAUGGGGGUCAAGGAUUACCCGGUGACGAUUUGUUGUCAUUCGGAUUCGCCGGGGUGUUUGGAGAUUGUGAGGGCUACAAGGGAGGUGGUUGAUGAGUUUAAUAAGGCGAAUGGGUUUGCCUGA